AGUGACAUUUGCAAAUAAUCUUCAUGAUCGCCACUUUCAGUUAAGAUUCUCGCAGUUUUCGAUUCGAGUCUCUUCGGACAGAUCCAUAUUCUUCAGUACUUCCGGACGCGGGUCACAUUUCCAUAGACAAGAUUUCUCAUUAGUAACUCGAAGAUUGAUCGUCGUUACACCUUCGAACUUCCUUUGAACUAUUGACUAGAUGUACGAUAUCGAACUAGCGAUCGACCUUUUUCUCCAUGAAGAUAAAAGGAACCCUCGCUUCUUGUUGUAAAUCCAUCCAAGAAGCUUACCCUUCGGAGGCCUCUAAGAGUAUCAACCGUUGUAGCCAGAGGAUUUAACAUUCUCAAUCGCGAGACGACUGUAGAGAACUUCGAUUCGAAACUGAAUCAAUAAAUUCGGAUUCUCGGUAAAGCAGAAGGAAUUGUCGGAUUGUUUUCUCUGAUCGUCGAACUUGGUUGGUCUGCAACAAACAAACAUCUCAAAUCAGCUUCCAGACCGUCGACAAACGUGAUCACUGUCAGUUGACGUUGUUGACAGUGUAACGAACGAAAAGUGAAGGAAUCGUAGUAUACGUGAAAGACAAGUGGUAAAGAGACACUGAAAAAGAGUAAAAAAUGGCACACGAAAACGGCAUACACGGUGAUACCGAUCCCGAGACAGUGGAAUUGAAUCCACUAAGAAGGACCAGAUUCCACGUGAAUCGAGUGGAUAGCCUGGAAGGCCGUGCAAGUCUCCUGGGUGAACAGGAAACGAAAAAGUCCCUCAGGCACAUGACCAGGGAGGCACUGCCUAGACUGGAUAAUUAUAGGAACAUUAUGAGUAUUCAGGCUGCUCAUAGACCGUCUUUAGACGAGCUUCACAAUCCCACUCUGCUUAACAAGAGUUCCGGAUCGCAUACCUUGCCAAUAGCGCACGUGAAGCCAUCAACUUCCGGGAUAAAAUUCGGAUGGAUUCAAGGAGUCUUAUUAAGAUGCCUUCUCAAUAUUUGGGGGGUGAUGCUCUUCCUACGACUCUCCUGGGUCGUAGCACAAGCGGGCAUAGGGGAAGCUAUUUUAUUGAUUUUAACAACGACAGCUGUGACCACAAUAACGUCGUUAUCGAUGUCGGCAAUUAGCACGAAUGGGCUUAUUAAAGGAGGUGGCACGUAUUACAUGAUUUCCAGAUCACUGGGACCGGAAUUCGGAGGUGCUAUAGGACUUAUAUUUUCUUUAGCGAACGCAGUCGCCUGUUCGAUGUAUGUUGUUGGAUUUUGUGAGAGCAUGGUCGACUGUUUAAAAUCGAACGGGAUUUGUAUCAUUGACUGCGAUAACACGGAUAUUAGAAUUAUAGGCUGUGUCACGAUAGUUCUAUUGCUGUUAAUCGUUAUGAUCGGUUUGGAAUGGGAAGCAAAAGCUCAAAUUGGUUUACUGAUUAUUUUGCUCUUAGCUAUUGCUGAUUUUAUGAUUGGUACCUUUAUUGGCCCUAAGGAUGAUCAAGAAAGAGCUAAAGGAUUUAUAGGAUACAAUGCUGAUUUGUUCAAGGAUAACUUUUAUCCGGACUACAGGUACAGUGAGGGGGUGGAGCAUAAUUUUUUUUCAGUCUUGGCUAUCUUUUUCCCUGCAGCUACAGGUAUCCUGGCAGGUGCGAAUAUAUCCGGUGAUUUGAAGGAUCCACAAACAGCUAUUCCUAAAGGAACACUGUUGGCUAUUCUUUUAACGACUAUAUCUUACAUCAUUAUGGCGCUUAUGGUGGGCGGCUCAGUUAUGCGAGACGCGUCUGGCGAUGUUAACGAUCUGUGGAACAUUUUCAAUAGUUCAUAUACUGCCUUAUCGAGCUUAAAUGGGACUAACGAAACAACCGAAUUCCCGAUUGUUACUGUAAAUUCCAGUCACGUAAUAUGGAGCUUAUAUGGCACCAAAUUUAAUUGUACAGAGAACUGUUCCUAUGGCGGCCACAAUAGUUUCCAGGUGAUCGAGUUAGUUUCCGCAUUUGGACCAUUUAUUUAUGCUGGAUGUUUCGCAGCUACUCUAUCAAGUGCCUUAGCAUCACUGGUUUCCGCACCUAAAGUAUUUCAGGCACUUUGUCUCGAUAAAUUAUAUCCUGGAAUAGAGUGGUUCAGUGGUGAUAAAGAUAAAGAACCAAUUCGCGGUUACUUUCUUACGUUUAUAAUUGCCGUUGGCUUUAUUUUAAUCGGCGAAUUAAAUGCCAUAGCUCCUUUGAUCUCAAAUUUCUUUUUGGCUGCCUAUACUCUUAUUAACUUUAGCACUUUCCAUGCUUCGUUGGCUAAACCAAUUGGUUGGAGACCAACGUUUAAGUAUUAUAAUAUGUGGCUAAGUCUUGCUGGAUCUAUUCUCUGUGUUUCUGUGAUGUUCUUGAUCUCAUGGUGGACAGCACUGAUCACAUUAUCCGUAGUUUUAGCACUUUAUUUAGUAGUCUCAUACAGAAAACCAGAUGUUAAUUGGGGUUCUACAACACAAGCCCAAACAUACAAUAAUGCCUUAAACGCUGUCCAACAGCUAGAUAGAGUUGAAGAACAUGUUAAAAAUUACAGACCUCAAUUGUUAGUACUCAGUGGCACACCAAGUACAAGAUCUGCACUCAUUGACUUUGCACAUCAUAUUACCAAAAAUAAUAGUUUAUUUAUUUGUGGUCAUAUUAUUGAGACACCAAUAUCAUAUAAAACGCGUAACUCCAUGAUUGCGAAUUGUAUUUCCUGGUUUAGAGCAAAUAAAAUUAAGGCAUUUUAUUCUUUGGUGGAUGGUGAAAAUUUUCAAGAUGGAACCACUUCCCUUUUACAAGCUGCUGGCUUGGGAAAAAUGAGGCCUAAUAUUUUAUUAAUGGGCUAUAAGCAAGAUUGGGCGACUUGUCCGCGAGAAAAUUUGAGUAUGUACUUCAACGUGAUGCACAAAGCUUUGGAUAUGCAUAUAGCAGUAGCGCUUCUUCGAAUAAGCGAAGGUUUAGAUUGUAGCAUGAUUGUAGGAGAUAUCGAGGAACAAAAAAAGAAUGCACAAACAAUCCCAGGAAAUCAAAGCUUUUCUCAACUUAGUCAAGCUAGUAGCACAUCGGAUAUAUCUAUUCCCGGAAGUCCAGCUCCACGGAGAUCCAAAAUGAUUAAUGAAUAUCCUAAUCCAACUGCAAAAGAUCAACGUGAAAAUCGACAAAAUUUUAUACCUGUAGCAAAAGAUAUACUUAACUCCGUAACAAAAUUUCAACGUAAACAAAAGAAGGGUACGAUAGAUGUGUGGUGGUUAUAUGAUGAUGGUGGUUUAACCCUUCUGUUACCCUAUAUUAUCAGUACAAGACGCAAUUGGUCUAAUAGUAAACUAAGAGUUUUUGCUCUUGCAAAUAAAAACUCUGAACUCGAAUAUGAGCAAAGAAAUAUGGCAAGCCUUUUAUCGAAAUUCAGGAUAGAUUACUCUGCAUUAAAAGUUAUACCAGACAUUUCAAAACCAGCACAGGAUACCACUAAAAAUUUCUUUGAUUCAUUGAUAGUAAAUUUUCAACAAACGGAAAAUACAAAAACAACAGAUGAUGAUGUUAUUAAAGAUUCUGAAUUAAUCGCUAUGAAAGAAAAAACAAAUAGGCAUUUACGUUUAAGAGAAUUAUUACUCGAAAAUUCACUAGAAGCAAAUCUAGUAGUUAUGACAUUGCCAAUGCCUCGAAAAGGUGCUGUAUCAGCGCCUCUUUAUAUGGCUUGGCUUGAAACUUUGACGCGCGAUAUGCCACCAUUUUUACUUGUUCGAGGAAAUCAUACAUCUGUUUUAACUUUUUACUCUUAAUAAUGCAAAAGAAAAAAGGAAUAACAAGACUUGUCUGCUAUGAUAUUGAUAAUUAUUGAAAUUAGUUGAAGUAUUUUACCAAUGACUUAAACAUUAUAAAUGCGCAAACAAAGAAAUUAAUAACAAGAAGAAAGGAAAAUAGUGGAACUGCCGAAGAAUAUAUAUAACAGUAAGAGGCCUUUGAAGAAGGGUACACAUUUGAAUGAGUUAAUAUUCAAGUGUGUAUUUAUUAAGAAUUAAUCUCUGAACAU